AUGCCCAGUGGGACCGUCCGGGGCUCGCUCUGGCUUGUUCCGAGGCGCCCGCCGGGAGCUGCAACCCCUGCGAGUGGGCGGGGCCGAGAAGACCUAGGAGGGUUCAAAAGGAGGUGGAGGGAUACACGGACCAUUGUCGGAACUACUUUCAGGAGGCGGUCACGUGUGUUCCUAGUUGGGGAACUUUCCAAAUUCCCACUCCCCUAUAAUAGCUGGGAAGGCGAGUGGUUCGCUUCCAUCGCCCCGGGUGCGCUCGCCCUGUGCAGGCAGCGCUCAGAAGAGCCACGCGCCGGAGCGCCGGAGCGCUGUCGGGGCUGACGCCUGGGAAGCUGGUUACACAAGCACCCACAUCCAAGCACGUGCCCCCGCCUUCCCGCACGCUGGCUGCCACCGCUGCUUCUUGCAGACAUGGGAACGAGAGUUCCCCAGCUCGUCUCACCCUUCGCCUGCUACCCACAGAGCAAACUAAAUGUCCGAGACCGGAGACGCUAGCUCUGGAUCGGCUAACACUGCGCAUUCACUACCGUAGGA